CCGCCGCGGCCCGCCCCCGCACCGCCCAGUUCCGCCCCCUGGGGGCGCUGCCCUCGGGCACCCGCGGCCCAUGCCGCCCCGCCACUCUGCCGCCCGCCGCUGAGCCCGAGCCCGCGCCCACCCCCCAGCUCUCAAGAUGUGGCACAACGUGGGGCUGACCCUGCUGGUGUUCGUGGCCACGCUGCUGAUCGUCCUGUUGCUGAUGGUGUGCGGUUGGUAUUUUGUAUGGCAUCUAUUUUUAUCUAAAUUCAAGUUUCUACGGGAGCUGGUGGGAGACACAGGGUCCCAGGAAGGAGACAAUGAGCAGCCUUCAGGGUCUGAAACAGAAGAAGACCCUUCAGCUUCGCCACACAAGAUCAGAUCUGCUCGCCAGCGAAGACUACCUGUUGACGACGGCCACUGAGCAGACACAGCAAUUUCUCAGAAUGUGGUCUGGGGCAGUUACGAGCCUCUGUCCUUAGUGACCUAGCUUUGAAAGUUACUAAGUGACUGAGGAACAUUUGCAAUUGGAUUUAUAUCCAAUUCAAAAAAAAAAAGAUUUACACGUAAGCCAUAUAGAAAUAAAGGGAAUUUAAACCAAAUUGGGCCAUCGCAGAUUUCAUCUUGGAUGUUUUGCUUCACUAGGUCUCCUUAACACACUUACUUGAUGGCUCCUGGACUUAUCUUUUCUUUCUUUCUUUUUCUCUCUUUCUCUUUCUUUUUUUUUUUUUUAAAUUGCACUGGUAUAAAUCUGUAAACAUUUCAGGCUUGAAAAAAAUAUGUUAUUAGUUAUUAAAAUGUACUCUUUUCUUGACAUUUUAACUUGUCAGAAAUUGGGACGUAUCUCAUUACUGUCAACCAGGUAAUAGUCUUGUCAUCAUCCUAACUCAUGCAUAUGUGACUUUGCAGCUUGUUACAGUGUCAUUACCUCAGCUGAUGUGUAUAUUGUUGGUGUCAAAUAUUUCAGGUUUAAUUGGCAUUUUAAGAAUGUUUUAAAAAAGACAACACUGACUCAGCAUUGAAAUGAAAGGUUAUUGUGUGUGUCGAAACCAUGGAAACAACAUUGGAACAUUUUUGAUAUUAGUGAUGCCAAUAUUUGUGGAUGGAGAAAUGAUCACAGUUCUAUAUAUAUUUUAUUGCAAAGAAACAGCAAAAUGCUUUUCAGGACUUGAGAAAGGAAGACACCCACCAGUUGACGAAGUUGUGCUAUAUUUUGUCAGUGAGGCGCUUGCAAAGCAAUUGCCUUUCUUUAUGCCAAGUGAUUGCAGGCAAAGGCAGGAGAAUUUGCCAAAAUCCUCAGAAUUGAUCUAAGAAAAUUCAAAGCAGAGAGAGGCUCCUGUGACCACUUCACGGAGAGCACUGCCAUUAAGACAUCUAAGGUUUUAUCCAAAGCUGCCUGCUGGUAUUAGAAGGCAGUGGCGAGCAGCCCUUCUAGAAAUGCUGCGUGGCCAGUGCUCUAGUACAGAUUCCUUUAAUCUGAGAAGUGGUGGAAGAGGGGGACUUGGAAUAUGAAGUUACAGUUAUGACUUAACCAGUUUGUUUCACACAUUCGUUACAUAGGCACAAGAUUUACAUGAUAAAAAUAUUUUAGAACAUGGAAUAAAUGCAAAAUAAAACAUUUCUGUGACACGAGGCACAGGCCAUUGCUUAUUGGGAGAUGCUUUUUUCUCAGAGAUACACAUGGUGCAUCCUAAUAGAUGGUCAUGUAGAUUAAGUAAAAGUGAUAAUAUGUAAAUUUACUUUUCAAGAUAGCAGUUAUUUAUUGGAGAAUUUAAGUAUAAAUCUUACAGUGUUAACAGUUAUUUUUUAUGAAAUACCUUUAGGGAAAACAUAUUUGGAGUUUUAGCGUUGUAGUUAGGAAUCUAAGAGCUGUCUUCUCCUUUAUGGAGAAUGUCAUCAGCCCCUCCUUUAUAUGGAGACUUUUGUUCUGGGCUCGUGUUGUGGGACACGUACUUCACGAACAGUAACUCAGUGACAAGACCUCAAGAGUCCUAGGGCUUGAGAGAGAACGGGUUGGAAAUACCUGCUUGACUGUCAGAUGCCUCUUGCCAGAGUCCACGUUUGUUUUAACUGAACUUUGGACUGUUUACUAGAGAAGAGCGAUGGAUGGAUGGAUGAACCUUCUAGUGUUGUCUGCUCUGUACGGAAACGAGCUACAGGGCCAAGGGCCUUCCUCAUUCUUGUUCUUCAUGGCCGUGUUUAAUCUCAUUUGUUACCUCAUCUUUCGCUCUGGCAGAUGCUGUUUGUUAAUUGUCUACCGGCACUGCCCAAGGUGAGUUCCUAAAGAUGUAGACAUCGUAACCCUUUGAAUACACUGGCAGGGAAGCCCUAGGAGACAACCUCUGGCUGUACAUUGUCUGGGGAAGAUCCCCAAUAGCUUGAGAGUGGGGUACAGCCCUUUUGUCUUCUUUAUGGGACAUGUCUAGAAGGCACAAGGCAGUGACAUUGUUCCUAGAAUUGAUCUUUAGCAUCUAGUAUUUUUUUAUACUAUUUUCAAACCAGUCAAGAUGCCCCAAGGCACCUUGGUACCGGGAGGAUGUUUACAUUAGAUUUUUUCAUAAUCUAAUGUUUUGAACUUCAAGUUUUCAUUGUUGCUAAUGUUUUGUGGUAGAUAUCUAAGGGUUAGAUGCCAAUAGGGAAACUAAGCGGCAGGUGAGCUCUCUGUUGUAUCAGUAUUAAAGAAUGAUGGCUGGUGUAACUGCCCCCCUCCAAUAUAUAACAAGGCCCAAACUAAUUCCUGUAAAACUACAUAAAGGGCAUUAUUUAUUGGUAUUUAUGUUUCCAGCAUAUCUUAUAAAACUGUAAUAAAUACUGUUCUUGGCCCAAGAAAUAAUACCUUAUGGUGUAAUAGUGCAUACUUGGCAUGUUUUAACCUAAGUAAAAACAUUUUGGAUGCCAGUGGGAGGAGUCUAAGGCAUAGUCAUUUGUGUUAGAUGGACUUCUUGGGCCUCCUUUACCUGACCAAGAGAGGGAAGAGAAAGCAUCGUCCCCGCACGGUCCCUCGUGUGCUGUGGAUUCCUGUCCUGUUUCCUGUUUUGUUUUAGGAGCUUUAUAGCUGUUAUAACUGUCAUACCUGAAUUCUCAGGCUCUCAGUGCAAGGGAUGUAUUUAACUUUAAAGAUUAAAGAUACAACAUGCAGAUACAAGAGUCUUGCCUGUACCCUUCCAAAAAUAAUGCUAUCAUCUCUGAGGAUUAAUUAAAUACUUGAGGACUCAGGUAGAUUGCUGUAGUUCCUUCUCAGCCAGCCCUUCCUAGAGGUGUGUAUGUGCGCGUGCAUGCGUGCAUGUGUGUGUUCUAAUUGCCCAUGUGGUGGCAGGGCUCAGAUUUAAAUGCCAAAUACACUGAAGAUUUGUAUAACAGCUGAGGCAUUAAGCACAUGCCUGAGGAAAACAUUUGAACUGAAUGGAUUCUCACAGUGGAAGUAGAUACUGGUUAGCCGUUUUGUCGACAUCUUGACCCUUCUUUAGAUUAGGCUUAAAAACAAUUUCAAAGUGGUGUUUUGCUAAAAGUUUAGGAUAAGUACGUACUGACAUCUAAACAUGAUUCGAAGUAGUCCAUGUUUUUUGUUAAGAAGAAUAAUCUGUGACAUUCUUCUGAGUCCACAGUGCAAUCUUUAUUCAGUCAGUUUUUCUCAGAAGGUGUCUGACUGUGACUGGUAACCACUGUAACUGCAGAUCUCAGCUGGUAAACUAAGUGCUUUUAUAUUUGAGGUUGACUUCAUAAAGCCCAUUAGCAGUCUCAGAGCAUGGAGCUGCUCAGGUGACUGUAGAAUGGCCUUGGGUUAUAGAAUAUAGAAUUAAGGAACCUUGUAUUGUCUUCUGUUAGUGUCCCAGAGUUUGAAACUUCUAACUAGUUCCAUUUUAUCCUGUAUUUGUAGAAGCUGCGUCUCCAUUUGUUAGCACACAUGCUACCUGUUGAGGGCUUCCUAGCAUUAACCUCCACGCCAGUUCUAUGCAUAACCAUUCGCCAGAUACUGCUGCUGUGGUUUCUUACAGGAGCCUUUCCGUCCUGUGCUGUGAUGCAUUGUCAUCUUGCUGCUUGACAGAUACUUUGUGAGGAAUUGAAACUGUGUGUGUUGAUAGUACCUACGUAUAACAUGAUGUAACAUAGAAAUGAGGAAUAUGCAAAUGAAUGGUGUUCCUGUCUUAGGAUAAUAUCUAAAGCUUCCAUGGUUUGUAUGUUUUAACUUCCUCUUUAAACUGCACAGAAUAAAUGAGAAUGAAAACAAGCACA